AUGGUUUCCCAGCUCGUCCUGACGCUGCACGUGUUGCUUGUGUGUGUGUGUUGGGCUGAAUUGUCAGACAACCGGAUCGGAUGUCAGCAUAUCCUCAAGGGGGGUCAUGCCAUGGCUAGACAUUACGUUUUGACCGACGGUCGUGGAACAGCAGCGGUGCAGCAGCAGCAGCUGUGGAGUGUGAAUGGGAGCGGAGUGCCCAGUUCACUUUCUGCCUGGGCUGGAGAUAGAGUGCGGCGCCCGCCUGCAUCCAACGGCGAUGCGCGGGCCAGUCCCGCACGCCGGCGCAGUGGAAGCCGCAGUCCCCGCCAACGCAGUCGCAGCCGCAGCCGCAGCCGCAGCCCCCCUGGUCGAGAUGAGGAUCGUCGCCGCAGUCCCGGUCGCCGCAGUCCCGUUCGCCGCAGUCCCGGUCGCCGCAGUCCCGGUCGCCGUAGUCCCGGUCGCCGUAGCCCCAUUCGUCGCAAUCGUAAUGACCGCGACCAAUUGGUCCCUGCCGAAGACCCGCAGGACAUGGCGCGUGCUCGCGGCAAGACCAAGAGCGAGCCCAAUCCCAUUCUCACUCGUGCUGGUGGCGCCUACAUCCCCCCGGCUCGGCUACGCAUGAUGCAAGCCGAGCUCAAGGACAAGAACAGCAAAGAAUUUCAACGUAUGGCUUGGCAAAGUCUGAAAAAGUCGAUCAAUGGUUUGAUCAACAAAGUCAACGUUCCCAACAUUCAGCAAAUUGUUGUCGACUUGCUUGGUGCCAACCUCGUUCGCGGCCGUGGCCUCUUUGCGCGUGCUUGCAUGAAGGCUCAGGCUGCUUCGACAACCUUCACCCACGUUUACGCCGCUCUUGUGGCCAUUAUCAACACGAAGUUUCCUCAGCUCGGCAUGCUGAUCCUCAAGCGCCUUGUGCUUCAGUUUCGCAAGUCUUAUCGUCGCAACGACAAGCAAGUGUGCCUCAACACGGCCAAAUUCAUCGCCCAUCUUGUGAAUCAACAGGUGGCGCACGAGAUCUUGGCACUUGAAGUGAUGGUGCUCUUGCUCGAAAAGGCUACGGAUGACAGCGUGGAAGUUGCCAUUGCUUUCCUGAAGGAAUGUGGCCAGUACCUCACGGAUGUGGCUCCCCGGGCUCUGCACAAUAUUUUCGAGCGUUUGCGAAGCAUCCUGCACGAGGGCGAGGUCGAGAAGCGAUCCCAGUACAUGAUUGAAGUCAUGUUCGCCGUGCGCAAGGACGGCUUCAAAGACAAUCCCAUCAUUCCCGAAGGACUGGACCUGGUGGAGGAGGCUGAUCAAAUCACUCACACCGUUAGCUUGGACGAGGAGAUCAACCCCGAAACUGGCCUGGAUGUCUUCAAGUACGAUCCAGACUACGAGUUGAACGAGGAGCGUUACAAGGAAAUCAAGGCAGAGAUUCUCGGUGACUCAGAUUCAGAUGGUGAUGAUGAAGAGGGCAGCGAUGAGGAGGAGUCAAGCGAUGAGGAACAGGCCGCCCCGCCACCACAACACACUGGGCCAGGUGGUCGCGACCAAGAGCGCGUCCGCAUUGAGGACAUGACUGAGACCAAUCUGAUUGCCCUCCGCCGUACCAUCUACCUCACUUUGAAGUCUUCCCUCAACUUUGAGGAAGCUGUACACAAGUUGAUGAAGAUGACCUUUCGCCCAGGCCAAGAGGGUGAGAUUGCCAAUAUGGUCAUCGAAUGCUGCGCGCAAGAGCGCUCGUACAUCAAAUUUUUUGGCCUACUUGCGCAGCGUUUUUGCGAACUCAACCGCGACUUUCAAGAUAAGUUUGUGGAGGUGUUUGCUGAACAGUAUGAGACUGUGCACCGACUUGAGACCAAUAAGCUGCGACAGGAGGCCAAGCUCUUUGCCCAUUUGUUCUUCAGUGAUGCGAUCCCUUGGACCGCUUUGUCCGUGAUUCACCUUAACGAGCGUGAUACCACCUCCAGCAGCCGCAUCUUCAUCAAGGAACUGUUUCUCGAAAUUUCGCAGUUCAUGGGACUCAAGCGCCUGCUGGAUCGCCUCCGUGACCCUUCGCUGCGCCGGGCUUUCGAGGGAUUGUUCCCACUCAAUGACCCGCGUGACACACGUUUUGCUAUCAACUUUUUCACUACCAUCGGUUUGGGUGCCCUGACGGACGACAUGCGCACGCACUUGAAGAAUGCUCCCAAGCCCGUACUUAACCGUACGGCCCCGUCGUCCUCCUCUUCUAGCUCCAGCAGCAGUGAUAGUGAUAGCGACAGUGGCAGCAGUAGCAGUAGCAGCGGCAGUGGUAGCAGUAGUAGUAGCAGCAGCAGCAGCAGCAGUCGAAAUGACUCACGCAGGCCCUCGCCUCGUCGUGCACCCGCGCCUGUGUCUGCACAAGAUGUCUCCGCCCCGCCGCUCUCGUUCUCCACCCCGCCGAUCCCGGUCUCCACCCCGCCGCUCUCGUUCUCCACCCCGCCGCUCUCGUUCGCCUGCCAAGGAUUCCAGCAACGUCGUUCGCCGCCACGCAGCCCGCCUCAGCGCCGCUCUCCUGGUGGAGGACGCUCGCCGUCGCCCAAGCGCGCCGAUCGUCGCGAGUAGGCAAAGGCUUUCCCGGGAGUCAUGACUCGGCGUCACACUUGUGGAACUCUUGAAUGAAUUGCUUUGUUUUGCAAUGGGUGCUUCUGUUCUACCAUCCGCCGCUCUGUUCAUCAAUCGAGCUGAGGAAUGCUG